AUGUUUUUGGGCAAAAUUUUGCUGUUAACAACAGCAACAUUCGCCUUAACGCCAGGAAAGCGCUCAUCCACUAUCCAAGAAUCUAUUUAUGUUGGACAAAUCUAUCAGAAGGAUGUUUCAGCUCAAAGCACUGUCUCUAUUCCUGUGGAAGAGAAUUUACCGAAAUGGCUGAUUGUCGCUAACAAUACCUUACAAGGAAUCCCCAGUAAGAAUGAUAUUGGAAAACACAGUAUUACGAUUAAAACUGGAAGUAUUAUGAAAACGUUAGAGAUUGACGUUAAAGAAGAUGAUUCCAAUCCUUGCGGAGAGCAAGCAACCACUUGGCUCGAAGUUAUCUAUGCUGAUGAUAUGGAUUUAGCAAAGCGUUUAUUCUCUGCUCGCUACGUUGCCCAAUUAUUGAAAGAAGAUAUCAGAGGAAUUCGGCUUUAUGAUUUCAAGUAUUCUCGUGAAAUUCGUCAAGUUGAAUAUAUUGGUGGUGAAGAAGAUGGAGCUGUUGUUAUAAUUAAGCCACACUGUGACGGCGAGAAUGAAGCCAUCGAAAGUGCCACAGAUGAUAUGGACAAACUUCUUGAUGACGAUGAUGCUGAUACGGAAUACGCUGUUACGCUUACACAGGGACAUGUUCUGUCACGCAAUAAAGCAUCUCAAGGACAAAAUGAUGAUGAGACAACAACAGUUCGAACAACCACCUCAAGAACAACACGACAUGCUUCUGAUCGUCCACCCAGCCUUGUUAACUCUAUGAAUGGCUUCACUUGUAUAAGAGGAAUCUACUGUGAAGCACUUGUACCAUCAACUACAUUCAUUGAUACUGAAGAUGGAGAUACAUUCAAUUUGAAGCUAUCUGUCUUCUUAUUAGAUGGCGACAAGAAUUGGCUAUACUAUAAUGACAAGAAGAUUCAAGGAGUUCCAAUGAAAGUUGGAGAAUAUCAAUUCAGAUUGGAUGCUCGUGAUAAACGUGGACAGAUGAUCUCAGCACCAUUCGCUGUUACUGUUCGUGAUUCGCCAGAACACAAUCACUUGGUGACUAUGGCUCUUGAUUUGACAUCAAAACAAAAUCUGGCUUCUGAUGCUAAGCUUUUGGUUCAAUUCGUCAAGCAAUUGGCUACUGUCACUAAAAGCAAGAACGAUGCUGUCAUUAUUGAAGAGAUCAAGAAAGAAGCCACACGUACUGUUGUGAAGUGGAGCAACAACACAUUGCCAUACAAGACUUGCUCUGAAUCUGGAAUUGAAGACAUGAAGAAAAUCAUGUUUACUAAACAACGUAAACAGAUGAAUCGUCAGUUUGAGCGUGACAUGACUGAACGUUUCAAUGUUCGAUCUGUUAAUUUGGAAUUGCUUGGAAACUGCCUCUCUGAUAAUUUGGACACAGCAACUACAGUACCAUCAAUCGAAGCUGCACAAGAAUCUUCGUUCCCAUGGAUGAUUUUAUUGGCUGUUCUGGCUGUCUUCUUAAUCGUUGUUGCUCUUCUCACACUUUUAUGCACUAAGAAGAAAGUUAAGAAGGAAAAACCUUCUGAAUUCACUGGUAAGGGACACCCCGUUGUUUUCCCACAGGAAGUUGGUGACGAUCACGAUAUGGACCAUGCAACUACUCCCAUGCUGACCAAGGAAGAAAGACCACCACUCAAGGUGUCUCAGCAUGAUAACCCAUUAUACAAGCCUCCUCCACCAUUGGCUACAAACUCUCCUCGUCUCGGUUCUGUCACUUCAACCAUCCCAAAUCAGAAGAUGCCACCACCAUACGUUCCACCAUAA